AUGGGGGGGCCCGCCUUCCCCGGCCGUCUCCGGGCCCCGCGUAGCCCGCCCCCAGACCACACCUCAGAAAGGCGCAGCUACAGCGUGUUUGAAAUCGACAGCAGCAGCAGCAGCAACAGCAGCAGUGGAUUUGAAGAGGCGGGGACAGAUUGGAGGGGGGAUGAAGAUGCGUUGUCUAGCGACUUGUCUCCUCCGUCCCGUCGUAGUUUCUUGAUGCAUUUGAUUCGUUUGAAGGCGCUGUGGAUGCGUUGGAUCGAUGAUUUUCUCUCUUCUGUCUGCCGUGUAUCUCGGUCUCUGCAUGCCGUGAGCAGCAAAAGAUACCCUCGGCACCUCCGCGGUGUCCCCCUCAAGAUGGGAGGCGCUGCUUUUCUUCUUGUGCUGCUGGCAGCGCGUCUUUGGCGGCUGCGCGGGACAUAUCGAAAGUCGUCAGGGGUUGCCUUGGGAGCCGGAGGUGGAUCUGCCAGUGGGCCAUCUAAGGCUACACGGGAACAUGGGGGCGUCGGCUCGUCGUUGGGGCGGGCGCUGUUCUUCUGGAGGAGUUUUGGUUGGAAAACACCGGCUGCUGCUGCAGCUGAGCCCUUCUCCCGGGUGCUCGAGCUCGUGGGAGGGAACGCUGUCAAGGAAGUGCACUUCGGUCCGGGGCCACGUCUGCUUCUGGAGCUGAAGGACAGGAGACGCGUUGUUUCAUCUCUUGUUCCGGGGGCGGAAACCGCGUUUUUUCACGCUGUCUCCACCAGAGUCCCGCGCUUCAAAGCGGUGCAAGGGGGUUGGCUUCCUGCUGCUAUUUCCUUUGCUGCGCCUCUGCUGCUGAUGGGCGUUUGGUUCCGUCUGCUGCGGGGGCUGCUGCUGCAGCUGCAGCCGCAAACUCGCGACACCGGGACGGAGCGAGAAGCAGCAGGGGCCCCUCCUCAGACGCGCUUUCACGACAUUGUAUUUCGGCAGAAGGAAGAGUUGCAGGAGAUCGUGUGGCUGCUGAACGGCCAGCAGGAUCUGUACAGCGAGAUGGGUGCGCGUUUGCCUCGUGGGGUGCUGCUGGUUGGCCCUGCAGGAACAGGAAAGACCUUGUUAGCACGGGCGGUUGCGGGGGAAACGCGCGCUGCUUUUCUUUCUGCUGCUGCUUCGGAGUUCACUGACGUCUUCGUGGGCCAAGGCGCUCGUCGCGUGCGGGAGUUGUUUCGAGAAGCACGGCAGCGAGCGCCUUGCGUUGUGUUCAUAGACGAGCUCGAUGCCUUGGGCUCGCGCAGUGGCUCGCCAUCUCUCCCUGAAGGAGCUCAAGCUGCAAACCAAGAGUACGUCCAGACUAUUAACCAGCUGCUGGCAGAGAUAGACGGCGUGAUGGGCGCAGCAGCGGGAGUUGUUGUUAUCGCUGCUACAAACCGCCUCGAGGCCAUCGAUCCUGCGCUGCUGCGCUCGGGGCGUUUCGACCGCCUUAUUCACCUAAGGCUCCCAGAUGAGGGAGAACGCCUCGAGAUUCUUCAGCUUCACGCGGGCCUCAAGAAGAUAAGGCUCAGCAGCGCAGCGCAAGGGCACCUCAAGAACCUUGCUGCUGCAGCGGACGGCCUCAGUGGCGCGGACCUCGAAAACCUCCUCAAUGAAAGCGUCUUCAAGGCCGUACGCAAAGGGAAAACCCACGUCGAUGAAGAUGCCCUUAAUGAAGCCCUUCUCACUCUCUUGCAGCGGACACAUCCCCCUCGACCUCCUACCGAACGCCUGGUACUUAACAGCAUUUUUAGCCCCUCAUUUUAG